AUGGAAGACAACUUCACUCACCACGCUCCUGUGGUGUCUCGUCGGUCAUCAGGCCAACAGCAGAAGUCUCUUCGACAUCCUGCCGAGCCAAGAUACACGUCUCUUCCACCCCUUCGACCUAGCAAUUUCACACCGCGUCACUAUUCUAUCUCACAGGGUAGUUCAUCGCGUGAGCGCGGUGCAGAGGCCGAGUAUCCUCUACAUCGCACCAACUACAUCCAGCCAUCGCCAGCUUCUCAGUCAGCCUCUGAGGGGUUCAAUAGCUCUUCGGCAGCUUAUCAGCAAAUUCCAAGAACUCCGUUCCCUGAACCUCCAGCCAUGGCUUCUUCACUCGGUCCGAUUCAGUCGCAAUCGCACUUUCCGUCAGCUAUCGAUCACGAUAGGCAUAGCAUUCUGGGACCACACCCUCCUCCCAAUGCUCAAUGCACAGCUGGCCGGAACGCAUCUUCUCUAUCAUCAACCGAGUUCUCUAGAAGCUAUCGAGAGAAUCCUUCGGAAUAUCGUUUCCAGAAGGCUUCUACCGUGUUGAGUCUACACGCUACAGCCAAACCCAGGGCAACAUCCCAGGCUGCCGACAGCCUGUUCGUCGAUCAAGGUGGUUUGCAUCGCGGUAACCCACUGCUUGAUAACCCGACUGCACACCUUCACGCACCUUCUUCACCUUUGAGAAUUCCGUCGCCUGCCAACGGCGACCAUAUUGGACACCUGAGAUUUCUAGAUAAGCUGCAGAGUCGGGCUUUCAAAAGUGGCUUCUUCCCUGACACCGAAGAACGCGAGAGCCGUGGAAGUACCUCCAAAAAGCCUACAACUACAGCUGCCUCAGCCGACGGCCUCCAGGAGGGGAUUGCAGCAAUCAAAGUUUCUGGCUUCAUUCUUGAAGAUGAAGACGAAGAAUUCCAAACUUCUUCCAGCACGGGUAGACAGAAAAAUACACAAAUAGCAGCUAGCAAGGCCAAGACUACUUCCCGGCCUCGCACAUCAUCGUUAUCCUCGACUCUAGUCGGUCAUGAUAUCGAAUCUCAAGGCCUUCCCAAGAAACAAUUGAAGAAUACUGAUGCAACACGCCUGAAUUUGGACACCACCCACAACACCGGCAAAAAGGAAGAUGUGGCUACCGCAAAAAAACCGACUGUACCAAAAAGCUUCAGUCUGCUAUCUAACAUGAUGGCCAAGGCGCCCAAGCCUUCCAUCAGAAUUGUUACCGUUCCGAAGCAUGAAGUCAAGCCUAUCCGUCGAGCCCAACGUCAGGAUGAUACCUCUUCAAAGACCUAG